UGUUUUUCGACUGAAGUUUUGUUGCUUCAUCGGUUCGAACGCACCGCAUUUUCCAGAAAAGAAAUCGCGCCACCUGGUCAUUAUAAUCAUCUCCUUUCUGUUCUACUGCAUAAUCUCUCUCAGAACUCGGAGCGUAUUCAAACAUGUUGUUUCUGCGUUCUUUUUCAUUUGUAGAAAUUUGAAGCUUCCGGGAGAUAUGCUCGGAGAUGGAGGAUUAACUCCUUGCAGGGUUAUUGUUCAGGUCUUGACAGAGACAGACGAUUGCUAUUGUGUACUUCUCAAUGCACAUGAUGGUAUAGCUUUUCCUGGAAAGGAUUAUGAAGAAAAUUGCAAUUCUAGUAAUGUUAUGGCCUUGGGUAUGGAUUCUGAUUCUCUAAGUACGAAGAAUUCCCAGAUUACUACUCUAUACUCUGGAUUUGUCAGCUACCAAAUGGUUUGUGAUGCAUAUGACGGUAUAUUUUUUCUAGAAUAUCUUUUUUCUUCAAUGCGGUAUAAAUUUAUCACACUGAGUUUCCCAUUCUGGUUCUUAUGGGGAAGAACUUUCUUUUGUUCAAAUUUCUCCAGCACGUUUGUGGAUAUGGGGUGUUGCAUUAAUUCAUUGUUCCUUGGUAUGAUUUAGGAUGUAGGAUGCAUGUAACUAAUCCGUAGUAAUGUUUUCUCUGAACUAAUAAUGGACGUUUCAUGUUCUUUAAUUUGAAUAGAGCCGACCUUCUUUGUUAAUUCUAGAGUUUGAACUAGUCUACCAUUUGAUAUCUUUUUCUUUAAUAUUUAUUAAUCAAAUCCUAAGUUCUUCAAUUCUCCGGAAAAGAUUUGGGAUCUUAUUCAGUUGGGUCUGUUUUCUGUUGAGUUGUUCUAGUACCCUAAUAUGAUGUUCAACAGAUGGAUGGAAAGCACUUUGCAUAGCUUCUCCGUUAAGUGUUAUUCUGGAAUUUGUAUUUAUUUAUUUUCCCAAUGAGCUGAACGCCUAUCAUCCUGUAUAUAAAAAGAACUUUUUUCCCCGAAAAUUCUACACUUGCUGUCCUGCUUUCAAGUCUCAACUACUUUUAAAUUUUAUCCACUCUUUCCCUUAUUGGAACUUGAGUCCAUUUUCAUUCAUUUCUAGUAUUAUGGCCAAGGUGCGAGCAGGAUCAAUGUACUUAGUUAACAAGCUUUUAGAGUUUGUAAGCUACACGGAGGCUUUGGUUUGCCUUUGCCGUAUUCCUCGAAGUUCCACAGUAGCUAACUUUAUUGUUCUGGCUUGGUCCUCUUAACACACGAGCAAUCUGUGCUAAACAAUGCUAUUCAUACCUACCAAGUAUGAACAUCGCUUUAUUGAGCAUAUCACCCACUUUUCUGUCGCAUCUCGAUUAGAAUUAUAUGUGCCAUAACAAAGUUAUAUUUUGCAUUGAGAUACGCGUUAAAAGUAAUCAAUUUGUGGCAGUUGGGUUUAUAGGAAUCCUGACUCUCUACAGUGAUAUGAUAUUGUCCACUUUAACCAUAAGUUCUUAUGGUUUUGCUUUUGGUUUUCUCAAAAUGCCUCAUCAAUGGAGAUUGUAUUUCUCACUUAUAAACUCAUAAUCAUUCCCUAAAUUAGUCAAUGUGGGAUUCCCAACCAACAAUCCUCACUAGACACGUGACGGUGUCAAGGUAGACACAUUAGGGUAAAUAAUGCAGGUAAAAAACUGGCUUCUAAUUUGUAAUACCAUGUUAAUUUUGUUCACUUU